GUCAGUGAUGUCACCUCUUCGACCCAAGUAACUUUCAUUCAUUACCAGAAUUAAAAUCUUUAAAUUUUAUAAGUAAUUGUAAUUUGCAAAUAAAGUAUAUUAUUUUCACUAGAUUAACAGUUGCUAAAAAAUAAAUGAAUAUGCAGUGUUCAUUGUGGAAUGUUGUUUCAAAUACCGUAAGGCCCACUUUGAGGUACAACAAGGGAAUUUUAAGUAAUUUGAACAGUCGUCUCUAUUCAUCAGGAGGAGAUGCAGACAUUGUCGUUAUUGGAUCAGGACCGGGAGGUUACGUAGCUGCAAUAAAAGCUGCUCAACUUGGAAUGAAGACGGUGUGUAUCGAGAAAAAUCCUACCCUAGGUGGCACUUGUUUAAAUGUUGGUUGUAUCCCAUCGAAAGCAUUGUUAAAUAAUUCACAUUACUAUCACUUGGCACACACCGGUGAUUUGUCAGAGCGAGGAAUAGAAACCGAAGGUGUUCGUUUAAAUUUGGACAAGUUGAUGGGUCAAAAAACAAAGGCUGUGUCCGCUUUAACCGGGGGUAUUGCCCAGCUCUUCAAGAAAAACAAAAUAACACUGGUCAAAGGCCACGGUAAAAUCACGGGUGUGAAUCAGGUUACCGCUUUGAAAGAGGAUGGUUCCAACGAAGUGGUAAACACGAAGAACAUCCUCAUCGCAACCGGGUCCGAUGUAACCCCUUUCCCUGGUAUUCAGAUUGACGAGGAACAAAUAGUUUCUUCGACUGGAGCUUUAGCAUUAAAAGAAGUGCCUAAGCGACUUAUCGUCAUCGGAGCCGGAGUAAUCGGAGUGGAACUGGGUUCGGUGUGGUCUCGACUGGGUUCAGACGUAACGGCCAUCGAAUUCCUGCCCACCAUCGGCGGCAUUGGAAUAGACGGCGAAGUGGCUAAAACGUUCCAGAAAAUACUCACCAAACAAGGACUCCAGUUCAAGCUUAACACGAAAGUCACCGGUGCUGUCAAAGAUGGGGGUGUUAUCAAGGUGGAUAUCGAAGACGCCAAAGACCCGAACAAAAAGGAGACUUUGGAAUGUGAAGUGUUACUAGUCUGCGUUGGAAGGAGGCCCUACACGGAGAAUUUGGGACUGGAAGAGAUGGGCAUAGAGAAAGACCAAAAGGGCAGGAUCCCGGUGAAUUCGGUAUUCCAGACGGUUGUUCCUAAUAUUUACGCCAUUGGGGAUUGCAUCCACGGGCCGAUGUUGGCGCAUAAAGCGGAAGAUGAAGGUAUCAUCUGCGUGGAGGGCAUAAACGGAGGCCCCGUCCACAUCGACUACAACUGCGUCCCCUCCGUAAUCUACACGCACCCCGAAGUGGGCUGGGUGGGCAAGAGCGAGGAACAGCUGAAAAGCGAAGGCGUGGAUUACAAAAUCGGCAAGUUUCCCUUCAUGGCCAAUUCCAGGGCGAAAACCAACAACGAGACCGACGGUUUCGUCAAAGUUUUGGCCGACAAGGCCACGGAUAGAAUCCUCGGAACUCACAUUAUCGGUCCCACAGCCGGUGAACUGAUUAAUGAGGCUGUGCUAGCACAGGAGUACGGCGCGUCGAGCGAGGACGUUGCCAGGGUGUGUCACGCCCACCCCACGUGCGCCGAAGCAUUAAGAGAGGCCAAUCUGGCGUCGUACUUUGGAAAGCCCAUUAACUUCUAAGAUAGGAAUGCAAUAAUUUCUGCCCCCCGUUUAUUUAUCUUACGAAUUUUAUGUACAUACCACUUUUUUGUUAUAUUAAGCAUAUUUUUUUCUUUAAAAGAAUUGAAUAUCCACGAUAUGUGAAAUAAAUGCGAUUUAUUUAUAGAA